AUGGCACUUGAUAACGGCGGAAGCGGCGGUGGAUGUGAAGCUGGCCACCAACAAUCUGCUUGUCCUAAUCGGGCUCGACGCGGGUUACUUAUCGAUGAAGCAAAUGAAGAGCAGAAUCCUAUCUACGAUGAAGAACCACCUGAAGAACAAGAAGAACUCCACCCAGACUCGGGACAUCUUCUGAUGGUACGCCGAUCGUGCUUCACUCCAAAGGCCGAGGAGCAAUGUCCACAACGAAAUAAGCUCUUUCAGUCACGUUGUACGAUCAAUGGACGAGUAUGCCCUUUUGUGAUUGAUUCCGGUAGCUGUGAAAACGUUAUAGCCGCAGACGCAGUCACUAAACUCAAGAUACAAGACGAGCCUCACCCUUAUCCUUACAAACUUUCGUGGCUCCAGCAAAAUCACGAUCUUGUUGUCACCCGUCGAGCGUUGGUCUCUUUCUCCAGCGGUCCUUCAUAUAAAGAUCAAGUUUAUUGCGAUAUCGCACCAAUGGACGCUUGCCAUUUACUCCUAGGCCGCCCGUGGGAAUCUGAUCGACGCAUACUUCAUGACGGCUUCCUCAACACAUACAGUUUCAUUCUUAGCAAUCACAAGUUCAUCCUCAAACCAUCAUCACCGGACAUCACCACCAACACUACAGCCAAAACCGCAAACCCAGUGUUAUUUCUACGCAAGACACCAUUUAUUUCAGCUAUGCAUGAAACCGUCAUGGUCCUUGCAGUUAUCACCAAACCAAAGCUCACUUCGCCCCACGUCGAAAUCUCAUCGGCUUUUACUAUUAUUUUAUCCGAGUUUUCAGAUGUCUUCAUUGAAGAUCUCCCGGACGGCCUUCCUCCUCUCCGCGACAUCCAGCACCGUAUAGACUUCCUCCCGGACGCUGCUCUCCCAAACCCUCUCAUUAUCGCAUGA